AUGCCCCCGCCAAGGCAUGAAUUCAAAGAAAGAGCCCAGCAGGCACUGAAAACUCAUCUGAAGAAGAGGUUUGAAUGCAUAUUUGAAGGUUUAGCAAAGCAGGGCCACCAGACCCUCCUCAAUGAGAUCUAUACAGAGCUCUACAUCACAGAGGGGGGAAAGCGUUUCGGGUCCUCUCAGGAGUGCACUUGGGACAGCCCUGAGCUGCAUUCCAUCCUCCAGCCCGUGGUGCUGGGUCCUGACAAGUUGGCCCACGUGGGCUUCCCAGAGGGGCGGGGCUUGGCACCGCACUGCCUGGUUCUGUGCGGGCCCAGUCCCGGCCUGGCGGAGCAGUGCAGCACGGCCUUCUGCGGACUGUUCCGGAUGCUUCAGCGCGUGUACGAGCCUGUCCUGUCGCGUCACGCACAGGGUCCUGUCCAAUCACAUCACCCGCAGGGCAGGGAGGAGGACAGUGAGAACGUAGCUCAUUACAUGGUCAAACAACCCGGCCUACACAAUGGCACAAGGUUAGAUAGAGCACCCGCCAGCAUGAGGGACAAUGCCCACCUGAGCACUGACAGCACAGAGGCUGGAGGGCCACAGGCCAUUAUUGGGGACCCAAACAGGGGUGAGGGGCCACAGGCCCUUAUUAGGGACCCAAACAAGGGUGAGGGGCCACUGUGUGCAGGCCAAAGCCAAAAUCCUGACAGCACAGAGCCCGAAGCAGAACCUGAACAUCCAAUUCCGGACUGGCUACGAAAUGGCAAGGCAUCAGGAGAGCGGCCCGGCGUCCAUUUUGGGGAAGGGAAAGAAGGAGCAUUGGGGACCCGUACCCGAGAAACAGGCCCCGCCUCUUCAGGUGUCCUAAUAGAGGCAGGCAGCGUGCUACCAGCAGGGGGCGUGUUUGAGUUCGUACUGCACCACUGCCUCCUGCAGCAGGCCUCCCAGCGGCGCUGCCCCGACCUGCGCGCGGCCUGCCGGCUGGUGGCGGGGGCCGUACUGAGCGUGCCCAGGCGGCUGUACCCCGGCCCACGCUUCCUGGAUGCCCAGUCACACUUCCUCAGGGCCUCUGGGGCCGCCCCCCCCAGCUGGAGGGUUCGGGGGCUGGAGUCCCUGGCCUGUAAAUACCAGCUCCUCCUCUCCGUCCUGCACACUGCGUCAAGCCUGCUGUCCGUGGACCUCAUCCUUCACACCCACAUCCGCAGCCAGGCGGAACACAGCCAGGAGGAGGAAGAGGAGGCAGAAGAGUAGAAAUGUUCUGUCAAUCCUGUUUUUCAUUAUGCACAAAUUUGAAUGGCUGUAUGUAUUUAUACAAGUUCCAGGUCCUACCAUGUGAUAGUAUCUUCAUACCUUAAGUAUGUGAAAUUGGGGUGGCAGGUAUGCCAUCCUGCGAAGUUACGUGUUGGUGGGGUGGCAUGCCCCAUACAUAUACAGCACUGAGAGUUUGGCACUUUUCAGGGUUUCCUUACAGAAAUAACCACAACAGCCACAGACACUCAGCCCUUAAAAACAUUAAAUUCUGUACAUUCUGACCCAAUUUCAACAGACAGAUUUUAUAAACAACUUCACAUAUCCACACAAAGCCCCAAACUAAGGGGAUUUUGCGUUUUCUUCUCCUCCUCCUCCUCAUUUUUCCUGCCGCCUAUCCCACUAACAACAUGUCUCCCCAUUGAACAUUUUACAGACAUCAGCCAAAUCCUCAUUCUCACGACCAAAUCAACAACUUGCAUACACAUGCAAAAUACCCAUACCUUUUUACUCAUUUCCAGUAUAAACAGCUAAUCUGCCUGUGGUCUAGUGGGUAAGGUUACAGUCUUGGGAACAUGGGAUCGUAGGUUCAUGGGGUUGUAGGUUCAAGCCUAGCUAGGAAUAUGUUUCUUUAACCUGCUUUUACCCUCAAUAAUAAUUGUCUACUACUUCUCAAUUAUUGCUUUUGCACCAAAUCUACCCGCCGUUACACGUAUACACUGCAUUAUGACGUACCAUCUGCACGUUCAGUUAUUAACCAGCUACAAUAUUGCAAAGCCAUAUGGAUUCAACGGGAGCUCUUCUGUGCUUACUGGCCUGUGUUCUUCUUUAAAACCACGGACAGGUUUACUAAUGAUAUUUCACGCAUUGCAUAGCUAUGUCAUGGUGCUGCACUAACAAAGUCACAGACUGGUAAACCUCCGGUUGAAGGAUUGAAUCCCGCCUCGCUCUCAGGCAGAUAAUUUCCUCUUUUACGCUACUGUUUUCUUACGCUUUUAUAUUUUCUUUACCAAAACUCCCUUACGGCCACCCAUAUGCAUUUCAUGACGGCAAAUGUAUUCAUUUUAUUAAAAAGUUACACCAGUUCACCACUGUGCCAUUUCUACUAACUACAUUUCUUCACUUGGCUACCGUACAAAACCUUCUUCUCAGCAAACGCCACGUUUCUACAUUCAUGUUACCUCGCCCUGUUCUCUAUCUAGCCACAUACAAACAAUUACUACGUAUGUACGUUUCGGCAACUCCCCAUUAAAACAUUACAUUUAAAAUCAUGACUGACUCAUAAGUAUAACUACUAGUACUGAACAUGAGAAAAGCACAUCAGUGCAAUAGAUUUCACACGUUACUUAACCCUCCACUUUAACGGUCCAUGCUUUACACCGACUAUUAUAUAUACACCGUUCCAUAAGGAAACUAAGCUCGCUCAUGGUCACUUUAUUUACUCCGCACUAUAGUCUGUGAUCAUGUCAACCUUCACCUACAUGCCCAUUCUGCUAAAAACAUAUUGAAAGAAUUGAGGAAAUAUUGGGUAGCAUUGCUUUGAAAUGCAUCUUAUGUAAUUUCGGUGAGGCAAGAUAGCCUAUAUUGUUUGUAGUACCGUAACUUGGCAUCAUUUUGAUAUCAAUAUUUUCACCAACACAAUAGUUCCCUUAUGGUAUAUAUAAUAGCGCUGUUGGACUCGGGGGCUAUGCAGUCCAUGAUACAAGAAAGCCUGGUUCGAUCCGAUACAUUGGUAAAAGCCUUCCUGGGUUUCCGUUCGGUGUGUGCAUGGGGAUGUGCACGAGUAUCCUGUAGUACCCGUGGAAAUUCGUUACCAGGGCAAAGCGCAUAUUCUGAAGGCUGCGGUUAGCUCCCGGCUCUCACACCCCCUAAUUUUGGGCACUGAUUGGACGGGGUUUCGAAAGAUUUCUGGGAACCUGUUUGGGGUGUGACCAUGACUGAUAGGAACGUGUGACGUCUGUCCGACAUGGCCGGGGGGGCAGACCCAGGUGAGCCUCAGGUUGAGACUCCCCGGGUCCCGGUGUUCCACCCCAUGGAGGAUUUCCCACUCGAGCAGUCUCGGGACGACACCUUACGCUUUGCCUAUGACUAAGUGAUGCGCAUUGAUGGUCAGCAGGUGCGCCCCGACGGAGGUUCCCGCACUGCAAAUAAUUAUUAUUCGGUAGAAAGCCUUGGGGAAUAUUGGACCUAGUUAAAGAAAGCUGGGAGGACGGUCCAAGCCCCAGUAAAAGUGAGGUACAAUACGUUAUGGACCUGCGAGCAAAACUCCAUACACCCCUAAUUUCUCUCUUUACCCUGCAGACCGAUGCCUCGGACAGAGGGCUGGGGGCCGUUUUGACCCAGCAGGUGGAGGGAGUCGAUUGCCCGGUGCUGUACAUCAGACGGAAAUUAUCACAGCGGGAGGUGAGGUACAGCACAGUUGUCGGUAAUCGGCCGGAUGGC